AGACUUACCUUCACUGAAGAGAAAGAUAUGGAUUUUUAAAACUUGAAAUACGGAUAAGCCUGACAGUGGAAAGCUACUGAGGUCACCAGGCUAGGCUAUGCUUUACUCUGCUAUCACAGCUGCCCUCCUACCCAUGGUUUUUGCUCUCUCCCCCGUGGGACAGGAAUUCGUGGGAAAAUGUCUCUACUAUCAAACCACCCUUAAUCCAUUGCCCUUUACUGACAAUAAAAAGAAUUGUUCUUUACUGUGGGAAAGCUUUCGUGAUGCCAUUGCCUUCCAGUCUCCCUGUCACGUGGACAGGCAGAGGUUUGCUGGGUUCUGUAAUGAGAGUCAACACCACGUGCCAAGUAACAAGUUCGUUUUCUGGGAACAUGUAUACGAAACAGUGAUGAGGUACACCAACAGAGGGAAACGAGCGUUCUCCAUCUCCGACACACUCACAGGUUUCCUUGGUGACACAAAGUUUUGCGGAAGUAACAGUUCCUCUGAUGGAGUAGAACAGGACCGCAGUAAAUGUCCUGGAUACGAACAGACACCGACAUGUCCCUGGCCCACAGAAGCUGCUUUCUGGGCAACUGCCUCAGAAUAUUACUCAAAAUCAGCCCAAGGGGAGGUGGAAAUUAUGCUGGAUGCUACCUCAGACCCCCUUUUUACGAACGAGUCGUAUUUUAUUCGAUUUGAGUUGCCCAAUCUUAAGGACCCAAGGGUGACUGCUGCUCGAAUUCUCUUAGCCCAUAAUUCUGCCUUGCCUCCGAGAGAAACUUGUUCGGGGCAAUCGGUGGAAUUUCUAAGAAGAAAAUUAUCUGACAAUGGUGUCACAAAUGUAACCUGUAAAAUUAAUCCAAGCUCCCUGAAGUUUCAGCUGUGUUCAGAGAAUCCGGUUUUGCCGUUUUGCUCUCUAGAUUGUGAUCCUAAUGGUGCCCCACUCAUGUACCACCAACAAGUGUUCAUUAUAUGCUGGUUAUUGGUUACAGUAACCAUUAGUACGCUUUUGUAUUAAAUAAAAUAUGUCAUUCGGAUGAAGUUAA